AUGGCGCUUUCUUUUCUAUCGCAAAACUCCGGACUGUUGGAUUUACAAAGCAUAUUUGAUCCACAAUACACUCAUCUUCAACAACAACAACAACAACAACAUUUGAGCCACCACCCUCAACAUCACAUUCAACCACACCAUCAACAACAACAACAACAAGUGGAGCAGAUUCAACAACACAAUCAACAACGCACCCUUUCAACAAAGUUCGAUUUGAACUUGUUCAACGAACUCGAUCAAAUGGAAUUCAACAACAAUUUAAAUCGCAAUCAAUAUCAGAAUAAUAAUAAUAUUAAUAACGGCGCCAAUAAUCAGAACAUCAACAACAACACCAACACUAAUAACAGUGUAAGCGAAAACCUAAAUCAGAUCCAAAACCGCCACUUCAUCAGCGGCUACCAUCAUCAGCAUAUUGGUUCGGAUUAUGAGCAAGUGAUCAACUUUGUUGACUCGCCGCCAAACUCUGAGGAAUCGUGGACAGAGACCAGCUCGCUAAUCGAACAAAUUACGAUUGUCGUAGACGGCCAAUCGAAGGACUCGCCGGGACCGCAGAUCAUCGACGUGCAAACGAUUUACCUGAACGGCGGCUCACGCAAAAGACGAAUGGAUUGGGACUCUUUGGACAUUGGCCAAAGUGAGAACUCACCCACAGGAUCGCAGAGUGGCGAUCUGCCCACCAAAGUGGCCCACCAGGAGAAGGAUAAGCACAAGCGCGAGAAGCACUCGGGUCGCAGCAGCUGGAGCGAUGAUAUUGGCUUCGAUCUGAACGCCGAGUUCAACAGUAACUCGUACUUGAACAAUGAGAACUUCCUGUCGUUUUCGCCCACGUUGACCACCUUGAAACAGGAACCUCAAACUGAGCAGAUCAAGCCGAGUCCCAAGAUUUCCCUUGAGAAUGCCGCAGGAUCGCCAGCAGUGGCCAUUGCCAAGUUGGAUGAGUCCCAGAACUCACCGGCGCAGGCCAAACUAGGAAAGGAUUCGGCUAACGGAUCGGGAUCAGCUGGAAAUGGCAAGCAUGAUGUGAACUCCGGACCCUUCUGCGGAUGUGGCUCCCCGCAGGGUUCACCAUUAGCCAGCAAUGAGUACGAGUUGAACGAGAAGGGAAAGCCCCAGCAGCUAAGCGUUUUGGAUCCGGCCAAGAUCGAGAUCGUUUCGGCCAAUGGAGCCACCCAUGCCGAGGAUCACAAAUUUCAGUACAUUUUGGCAGCGGCCACUUCGAUUGCCACGAAGAACAACGAGGAGACGCUGACGUACCUCAACCAGGGCCAGAGCUACGAGAUCAAGCUGAAGAAGAUCGGCGACCUGUCCCUCUACAGGGAUAAGAUAUUGAAGAGCGUGAUCAAGAUCUGUUUCCACGAGCGCCGCCUGCAGUUUAUGGAGCGCGAGCAGAUGCAACAAUGGCAGCAAUCCCGCCCAGGCGAACGCAUCAUUGAGGUGGACGUACCGCUCUCGUACGGCCUGUGCCACGUGUCGCAGCCACUGAGCUCCGGUUCCCUCAACACCGUCGAGAUCCUCUGGGAUCCGCUGAAGGAGGUCGGCGUCUACAUCAAGGUCAACUGCAUUUCCACCGAAUUUACUCCAAAGAAGCACGGCGGCGAGAAGGGUGUGCCCUUCCGACUACAGAUUGAAACCUAUAUAGAAAACACGAACAGUGCCAACUCGAGCGGCUCGAGCGGUGGCAACAACAGUGGCAACGCCAGCGGCAGCGGUAGCACCAGCGGCAACAGCAACGGCAGCGGAAACGGUGGCUCCACUGCCCCGGGAUCUCCAGAACGGACUCCCAAUGGCGGCUCCAACAACAAACAGGCGGUCCACGCAGCUGCCUGCCAGAUCAAGGUAUUCAAGCUAAAGGGAGCUGAUCGCAAGCAUAAGCAGGAUCGAGAGAAGAUCCAGAAGCGUCCGCAAUCGGAACAGGACAAGUUCCAGCCGAGCUACGAGUGCACCAUCAUGAACGAUAUUUCCCUGGAUCUGGUGAUGCCUGCCACCACAACUGGCUGCUACAGUCCCGAAUAUGGCAGCAUGGGAAAUUCGAAGUGCGAGUACCGCCAUCGAGUCCCAUCGCCUCGCAUUCGUGAACAUGCUCUUGCAUCCGAAGGAUCGUCGCUCCUGCCAACGUCAGAUACAGAACGAGCUCUAUUGGAUUUUAUGAAACUUUGGCCAAAUUCGCCUGUGCAUAUACCCAAGUACGAUGGGAUGCUUCCGUUUGCGGCAAGUGCAGCAUCGCCGGCAACCAGCAGCAGUCCCAUUGCCAUCAACUCGGUGACGUCCACUAAUUCGCCAACCCUCAAGCUGAUGGACACCACCAACAUGGUCUCACCGCAGCAUGUGCCUGCCGAUAUGGAUGAUUAUAACCAGAACAUUAUGCCGGAGUCGACGCCCUCGCAAGUGACACAGUGGCUGACCAAUCAUCGCCUCACAUCGUAUCUCUCGACGUUCGCACACUUCUCCGGAGCGGAUAUUAUGCGCAUGUCCAAGGAGGAUCUGAUUCAAAUUUGCGGCCUGGCCGAUGGCAUUCGCAUGUUUAACAUUUUGCGCGCCAAGACCAUUGCUCCGCGUCUGACGUUGUACGCCAGUUUGGAUGGCUGCAGCUACAAUGCCAUCUACUUGCUGUCGAACACGGCCAAGGAGCUGCAGCAGAAACUGUUCAAGAUGCCGGGCUUCUACGAGUUCAUGGCCAAGUCCGCCGCCCAGGAGAAUGGAGCCGGUGGAGCUGCCGCCGCUGCGGCUGCCGCUUUGUUCAACAACUGGGGAAUGCACUCGAAGUAUUCGGGCAGUGGCUCCAAUAUUUUCAACGAUGCCAACAAGAGCUGCGUGUACAUAUCGGGUCCCUCGGGCAUUCUGGUCACCGUCACCGACGAGGUGCUCAACAACGAGAUCAAGGAUGGCAGCCUCUAUGCUUUGGAGGUUCAGGCCGGCAAGGUUAUCCUUAAGCUGAUCAACAAGCAGGACAACAAUUAGCCGAUUAGCCAAUUGUACAACUACGUAGUACCACUGUAGUAGACACACACCACCCGAGCAACCAAGUAUAGUUUAUAGCAUUUAAA